CCAACUCCCAGCCUAUUCGAGCCUCGCGUAUCGUUUGAUACAUUCGAAAGAGUUGGGGAACUCACGUCAUUUUCAUUGAUCAAGAAACACAAGGACUACGCAUACACCAAACUUUCUCGGACGUUCUUAUGCGGUAUCGACUCGAACGAUUACUCCGAGUAUGCACUCGAGUGGCUGAUCGAUGAGCUCGUCGACGAUGGAGACGAAGUCGUCUGCCUCCGUGUCCUAGAAAAAGACUCCGAUCUCGCCACGCCGGUCAGCGUGAAGCAGAAACAGUAUCGCGAGGAAGCGGAGCAACUCAUGGCCAAAAUCCAGCAUAAAAACGCGGAGAACAAAGCUAUCAACCUCAUCCUCGAGUUUGCCGCUGGCAAAGUCCAAGACAUCAAACUCUACGAGCCCGCCAUCCUCAUAGUCGGCACCCGCGGCCGCUCCCUCGGCGGCAUCCAAGGCCUCCUCCCCGGAUCCAUCUCCAAAUACUGCCUCCAACACUCCCCCGUCCCCGUCAUCGUCGUCCGUCCGAACUCAAAGCGCGCCAAGAACAAGCAGAAGCGCCUCCAUGACCCCAGCCGGCAAUCGUACCGCGACCUCGUCUACAAAUCA